GAGUAGCAUUAAAGGGCGCUGCAGUCGUAAGGUAGUAGCAUUAAAGGGCGUUGCUUUUUGAUGUGAUUCUUUCGCCGGCUCGCACGUGGGAGAAGGCCAUCAAACGGUUGGAGCAAAACCCCGUUCUUUUCAGUCUUGAAUAUAACAGAUAUGGCAAAGAUGGCAGACCUCGCAGCAGGCACACCACCAUCCGACAACGGCGUCUCGGAGCAGCUCACCGCUUUGCUUCUGAAAGAUGACGACACCCGCGUUGCCACCACCGCUAUGCCCGCCGAGAGCAGCGACUCGCUCUCCAUCCCGCCAUCCAGUCUGGAAGCACCUUCUCACCUUGAAACUCCACCAAACCGCCGCCCGCUAUUCAGCUCGAUGCGUGAAGCGCUCGAGAACUCCGGACAAGUGAAGGAAGAGCCCGGCGGAUACGUGAUUAAGCGGCACAGCGGACGCCAGCAGCAGUUCCGCUCUUCGGACAACACAGGAAGAUCCAAGAACCGCCACGCCAAGCAACGGUCGAACAGUAAAGGUGAAAAUGCUUCUCCAAACCGCAUGGAUGACGAGGCGGAUGCUGCCGGGUACACGGUCAUUCGGCGACGCUCGUCAUGCGACGAGAGCACGACCUCCCACUCUCAAUCUACCGCCAAGCGUAAUCCGCGGGCUUCUACUCCGUCUCGAGGUAACAAGAAGCAGCCACAGCGACCGCGUCGAGGCAGCACGUCGGCGUUGCCGCAGAGCAGUAGCCUGCUCGCUUCGAUUUCGCCGGCGCCGUCGACUAGCGUUCCGCCCGGAUUUCAGCCCCGUUCGCGUGUGGCGUUGCGGCCACCGCCUGGCUUAACGCCCGCAGCCUCCGGCUGGGUGGUCAAAGCCGCUGUGCCGGCGGACCACGCCAGCAAGAUCGAGGAGCCACCCGUCGAGGCGUUGUGGCCUAAGGUCAAGACUACCGCUAAAACAGAGAGCGGAUGGACCGUCGCGACGACUGCGAUGUCGAGUGAGGGCGACUUCCACGCGCAGGCGUGGCCUGCGUCAGCCAGCGGUGGCGCGAGCAGUUCGUCCAUGGUCAUCCAGGACGAUCAAAAAGACAGCGUUGAUGACGAUGAUCUGCUUACGCGUCUUGGAGUCACACUCUGAAACGGAACCCUUAUUUAGGCAUCUUAUUCGUCAGCAAAAUGACUAGGCGUUUGUAAGAGACUCUCUUUUAUACUCAGAUGCAGCAAUAAUUAACGUGAUGACGACGCCUAGACGGGCCGUUUUAGGUUCAUGUACACUUGAUAUUCUGCUAUUAGCCAAUGAAAGGCAGUAAUUUCCCAG